CCCUCCCCUCCUCUCUCUCUCUUUCUUUCUUUUUUCCAUAGUGUGAAAUCAUAGAAUGUCAAGCUUGCUUACUUCUUUAGCUGUUAUGGCUGUUACCUCUUUUGCCUCUGCACAAGAGACCGAGAAAAAGGAACCUAUUGAAAUCUCUGCUGACAAUGUUAUGGUCAGACCUUUUGAAAUAAGAGACUUUAAAAUGGAAUUUGUGUUAUUGUCUGCUUUCCUCGUUUACCUUUUGGUUUGGUCUAAAGGAAAGUCUGCUAAUUUGUCCAAGGCAAAAACAUGGUUAAAUGGUCAAAUUGAUUAUCUCGAAAGUCAAUUUGCUCUUGUGGGUGAUAAAAAAUCCAAUGAGAAGUCUGUAUUGAUGAUGGAUGGUCCUGCUGAUUAUCUUUUGUACACUUCUGGUAGACGCAAUCUUCAAUUUGGUCACUGGUGGCUUAAGUUGAAACCUAGACAUGAUUUGUUGACACUUUUCACUACUAAAGUUCUCUCUUUGACUGGCUUUACAAAGGCUUCUGUUGAUCAUGUUGAUUUGACAUUACAUUUGGAUAAGGGAUUGUCUGAAAAGUUUGUAUUUGCUGUUAUCAAAAAGGACUUGGCUACUGAACUUUCCAAGACUCGUUUUGAUUUGAGACGUGCUGCUAAAAUUGCUUCUAGCAAAGUACUUCCUACCAAUCUUGUCAUUUACUCUGAGACUCAGAAAUUAGCUGAUUUGAUUUUAUCUACUCAAGUGGGUGAUAUUAUCUUCGAGCAUGCUGAUAGACUUGAAUCCUUGGUCAUUUCUAGUUUGCCUGCUGAAGAACCUGAAUUGUAUCAAACAGAUAACUAUGUUACUGUCUCUCUUUCAUUUGUCAUGCAAAAUUCUGAAAAAUUCGAUCCUUUUGUUGAAUUGGCUUGUAAAGUACCUGAUGUUGUGAGCGAAUUGAGACUUCCUGCUGAUGUCAAGAACAAGAUUAACAAAAACCGCGAAGAACUUGCCAAAGAAUAUCACAAGAAAGUAGCUGCUGACCGUGCUGAAGAACUGGCCAAGAAGAAGGCUGAAGCUAAACGUGUUGAAGAAGAACGUAUCAAGAAAUUGAGUCCUGCCGAACAACGUAAAUGGGAAGAAAAAGAACGUCAACGUUCGAUCAAGAAGCAACAAAAGAAGAAAAAGAUCUAAGAGAGAUCAUGUAC